AUGGGGGCCAGUCCGUUGAAGCCCGCUGAGCUGCAGGUACUUCGGGCACAAUAUGAGAAGGAAGGUGACUAUGUUGGCAUUCAAACGAAAUUCAACUUCGCCUGGGGUCUGAUCAAGUCGAACAUCCGCUCCGAUCAGCAAGAAGGCGUCCGCCUGCUGUCCGAGAUCUUCCGCGGGGCCCCCGAGCGCCGACGAGAGUGCCUGUACUAUCUGGCCCUGGGUAACUACAAGUUGGGCAACUAUGGCGAAGCGCGCCGGUACAACGACCUGCUGCUGGAGAAGGAGCCGGCUAACCUGCAGGCGGCCAGCCUGGGCUCUCUCAUCGACGAUAAGGUGGCGAAGGAAGGCUUGAUGGGCAUUGCGAUCGUUGGUGGCUUAGCAGUGGCCGCGGGCGUCGUGGGCAGUCUGAUUGUCAAGGGAGCCAGAAGACGGUGA